AUGGACACACGAACAGCCAUUCGCAGCCUCCCCGUUUCCCCACCACCACCAGGCAUUGAGCAGACUAGCCAUGAAGCAAAGCGAGAGGAUGGAAGCUAUGACUUUACGCCAUUCUUUGCGAGUCUUGAUACAAACUCCAAGCUCGCACAGUACUUGUCCAAUUUUGAUGCUUCCAAGUUCCUUGAAUUGCUGAGGGCCGCAGCGUCCCCUCUCCCUGCCAAACCAAAACUCAGCCAACACAAACGCCGGGUGUCUGAGCCCUCCCAAUCGGCCAUAGACUCAUACCAAGCAGAGUUGGAUGCUCGUGAACGGGCAAAGGCGUACCUUUGCAGCGAGAUCGAGGCUCUGGACUCGGCCAUUACUCAAAUGGAAGUCGCCAAUGUUCCCGGAGUGGAAGCUCUGAGGAAAGACUUCAUUGGGGCCAAACAAUUUAUGCUGGAUGCCGUCGCCAACUGCAACACAAAGGCAUUGACGCUUCACCUGGAGUUUGAUUCUACACCAUCGACGCCAGGCAUGCCCACACCACCUUCACCGCGGUUGGGAACCGUUCCUUUGCCUGAGGUUACUCCGACUGGCACCCCCGAGAUAUCAAGAGUGAAUACGCCUUUCAGCCCUGCACAGAAUUGGCCGUCAAUGCUCAUGGGUCCAAAUGGAGUUGUUUACCGUGUCGUAGCAACCCCAUGUGAGCUCACAGACUCCUCGAGCUAUUUCCAACUUCGUGAGUCCUCUCCUAGUUCUGUCCCCAGCCCGGUAUCGGCUCUACUACGACGACCGGCACCACCUGUAUUUGGAAGGCGACCAACCGCAACCCUACUUCGAAGUCUGAGUGGCUUGCGAAAGACUAGCCCGAACCAAUGA